AUGUCGAGCUCUCAGCUUCAAGCGUUGGCAAAGGUCCGUGGGAUGCUAGACUUUGUCCUCCACCCGUCUUCGCCUGACACGAGCGGUAUACCCGUCGGAGAUGAGAAGCUGCGGAAGGUGAUGGAGUGGGUCUUCAAGCGGGAAGAUCCCAUUGACGGCGAACUGCUACCAGAUGCGUGCCAGGUGUGUGCACCGCAGAGGAGCUUCUGGCCAAGGGCCUGUUUAAGGACAAGUUCACCCGCGACUCUCCUCAACGGAAUCGAACCCGAAGAUGGUGGGGGCGUGGGCACUCCGUUCGAGAGCGACGGCAACGGCGACUGCUUGUUGAAUUCUGUGGCGGCAUUCUUUGCCAAAGACGGAGGUCGAGGGGUCAGAAGUGCUGUGAAGACAAUGGCGGUGAAGCUUCGAGUCAGCGUCGUGCUGUACGGGCUGAAAUACAUGGAGCUAUUCCUACUGGAGCAGGACGAACAUUUAGGGGCAUGGUACAACUACACGUCAGAUGUACGGGAAAGGCUUGGGAAGAACGGGUGGGAUGUGGCACCCGACCGCGGCAACAACUGGCACGUCGGGUCGUCAAAAUGCGCGCGGCUGAUGUUCCUUGCGCAGCUACGGAGCAUAGCAAAGCCUGGGGACGUUGAGGCGAAAACGAAGGAGGCGGCCACGGCUUCAAAGGGGAAGCUAGCAGACGCGGUGCUUGGUCUAGAGCGGAAAGAAAUGACGGAGGACGAGGAGGAGGAUGUCAUGCACAGGCUGACGCGCGCCCACACAAGGGCGUUCGCGACGCAAGCGGCUCGGAUGGAAACCCUGGUGGCCGGGAAGAAGUGCGAAGGUUACAUGACCGACUUGAUAACAAACAAGACGAAGUGGACGUUCUGCUGCCGGCCCACUGUCCUCACGCUAGGCAUGGUUGCCACUCAGCGCACGGAAGGUUUAUUCGGAGUGGCGAAGCGCUCGGGUGUCGAGAAGAAGCUUUCACUGUGCGCUCUUUGGGAUCGCCUGCAACACCUGAGCAAGAUGAUUGCCAUCGAGACAGCGAGGUUAGAGACCCCCCCAAUCACCCCUGGGGUGGCGUUCCGGGACAAGCACGUCGAAGAAUUCUUCCAGCCAGUGAAGCAAGAGCUUUUGGCCUGUGGUGCCAGCCAGUACUGCCAGAAAGUCGACGGAUCGGAGUCGUAUGACGUCGAACUGGUGACUUCCGGAAAUGUGGACGAAGACGGACAACCGCUUCCUCUACACGACGACGACUUUGUCCAGAUACGCAAUUUGCGCCUCAAGCUCAACAUUCUCCAGGUCGCACCACCUGAUACCGAUCUGGAGAGAGACUCGCACUACUUCGCGGUUCUUGUCAACCUCAUCGGGAGAACUGGCGGGGAGGACGAGUUGAGCUUUACGCAUGCCUUCGACGGUGCGUGUUUCCACAACCGUUGGCGUCAAUCAGACGACGGAAAGGUUUUGCCAUGGAGCGUCUCAUUAGUGCUGUCGUCGUCAGGCCACGGCGAAGGAUGGGACGGGCAUCGCCAAGGAUGCGAUGCCCACUGCUGGGGACCGACAUGCGAUGAAUCGUUCGAUGGCGCACACCCCGCUGAACGUGCGGUGCGGGCCGCGCAGGAUAGAAGCGCUGGCGACAAACGUCGCGUCUACGCCCAUCUCAUGGCGAAGGGCAAGGAGAACGUAGGAGAUAUUAUAAGGUCCGUACCCCUUCACCAAGCACUGUCCGUCCAGGUCAAGGUUGACAAUUUCCUCGGGUAUCUUCUGAAGGAGACCGCGGGAGACACAGGAGGACCCAAGAAUCCUGGGCAAGCACCCACGAAAGGGAGACCUGAGAAGGACGGCAAAGAGGGAGCAGCUGGCAACCCUGCGGGCCAGCAAGGAAAAUCCCGUCAGACUAGGAGGAUGAGGGACUUCAGCGACGUGCCAAGGACGAACAAGAGGAGAAAGCUGAAAGGUGCUGAUACCAGCACCUAACCAGCUACCCUUGUCCCGUCGCUUCCACACGUGUUUACCUGACCAGUUAUUUUCCGUCUUUUGCUUUUUUCAUCGCUGUCCACGGUUGCGUGAGGACAUGUUCGAGCGUCUGUGUUCAGGCAGACGGUAUGGAAACGGCCGGUAUGAAAAACGGUGUGUACCUUAGUCUGACUUUCACGUCGCAUUGACGACCGGGAGGCAACACGUUCGUGGCGGCGAACAUACGUUCAUCACCUAUGUCUCAAAAUGUUUGGGAUUGUUUGCGAUCGUUUGCGAGUGUUUGCGUUGUCUUUGUUUUUUCUUCGUUGUUUUUUUUUUGAAGAGCGAGACCAAACGAAUGAGUCAUCAAUCCCUGAUGUGAUGAACGUUACAUUUGGGCACGGUACAAUGUAUAGACAUAGCGAUCACAGCAGGGGUGC